AUGGAACUUUAUAGCGUUGUGGCUAAUGGCAAUAGCACUAGUAGUAACAAUAGCGAGGAAGUUAGCUAUUUGCUGAAACGGCCACAAAAUAUGAUGGAGUUGUUAAGCCGACGUAAACGUUGGCUUGUCUAUGAUGCAGGGACCUCUGUGCUUAUGACAGCAAAUUGUGCUAAGCUUAUACUUGGAGGGACACCCAAAGGCCUGGUGUGGUUGGCGGAAUUAACGCUUAUUUAUUCGUUGCCUGCGGAUCCUACAGAUUGGCUUCCACGUCGCAAGGGGAAGAAGCCCACUAUACCACCAAUACCACCCCUAAGAAAACCAUCAGCACCAGUAAUGCCCUCUCCUGCUCCACCAGCAGCAAUUCCACCACCGGCUGUAGGAGUGGCACCAGUUAUAGUGCCCUACAAUCUCUCGAUUCCCGCUAAGCCUUUCAUUAUGGCAAACCCGCAAGGCACCCCAGUGGGCCCCGGUCGUCGCUAUUUCGAUGAUAAUUAUGGCCAAUCCGGCUGUCCAGCCACUGACUUAUUUAUUAAUCGAUAUGGCACCUCCCACUGUCGUCCUUCAUCUGUUCUUGAGCAUCAUCAGCGGCUUCGACGUCAACUUGAGGACGAAGGAACGAGGGUUUUGAAUGAUCACAAUAAUCCGCAUGGUAUACUGUUUGAUUUGAUCACAUUGCUGUCCUCAGUGUACAGUUACAAGCCGCGAUAUUGCAUUAUGCGGAUGUUGUGCGAGUCACCCCAUUUAAUCUCACCACCUGGGAAUAAUCUGUUUCACGAUAUGUUUCGCAUUCUGUUGCGUCAAGCGCAUCCGGAAAUUGCGCAAAAGCCGCAUUAUCGAGAGGCUUUUACGGCGGGUCUUUCGCUACAUAAAUGUUCCUCAUUGUAUGGACCACAUUGUAAGCACAGUUUCCUAUUGGAACUGAUAGAACGUUUCCAACCUAAGAAGAAAAUUAUAUACUGA